AUGGAGGAGCUGAGCAGCGUGGGAGAGCAGGUCUUCGCCGCCGAGUGCAUCCUCAGCAAGCGGCUCCGCAAGGGCAAGCUGGAGUACCUGGUCAAGUGGCGAGGCUGGUCCUCCAAGCACAACAGCUGGGAGCCCGAGGAGAACAUCCUGGACCCCCGGCUGCUCCUGGCUUUCCAAAAGAAGGAGCAUGAGAAGGAAGUGCAGAAUCGGAAGAGGGGCAAGAGGCCCCGGGGCAGGCCCAGGAAGAACGUGGAACCAGAGAUGCCCACAAAAACUAAGUCAAGUAGCUCCUCUUCCUCCACAUCCUCCUCUUCCUCCUCCUCCGAGGAAGAGGAUGAGAGUGAUCUGGAAGCAAAGAGAGGUCCCCGCAGCAGAGAGACACACCCGGUGCCACAGAAGAAAGCUCAGAUCCUGGUGGCCAAGCCCGACAUGAAGGACGCUUCCAGGAAGAAGCGUGGCCGGAAGCCUCUUCCCCCAGAGCAGAAAGCAGCCCGAAGGACCGUGAACCUGACAAAGGUGCUGAAAACGUCCCGGAAGGAGGCGGGGGGCAGCGCCAAGCUGGUGGGGAAGCUGCAGCCCCAGCACAGCACGCAGGGCUCGGGCCUGGCCAUGCUGAAGGACCCCCCGGGCGCCCUGGCUGGGCUCAGCUCGGGGGGCUCCUCAGGGGAGAACCUGCCCAACGUGAUGAAGAGUGGCUCGGCCAGCCCCAGCCAGGCCAUCAGCUGGCAGAGCUCCAUCGUGCACUACAUGAACAGGAUGUCCCAAAGCCAGGCUGCGGCCGAGAGCUCAGCUCUGGGCAGGCUGGCACUGAAGGCACAGGCAGCCAGUAAGGGCAGCUUAGGGCUGGACUUGAAAAUGAGGAGCCAGAAGGGCUCUGGGGAGCUGGGGCUGAACGCGCAGGGACCCAAAACUGCAAAGGCUUCUGGCAGCAGCGCCGGAGGGGAGCAGAAGUCGGGGUUUGCUGCUGGAGGCCAGAUGCUGCCCAACGGCAGCAAGACAGCAUCGAGCUCCUCCGGGGCCAGCAGCCAGGCAGCCUCCAGCCAGGAGCUGAACCUGCAGGCUCUGAACCUGCAGAGUGUCAGGAACGGGCCCAGCGGGAGCAGCGGCCCCCGGCACCUCUGCGGCUCCCUGGCCAAGGGCUCUGCCGGCAGCGCGGCCCCUGCGGGCGCCAAGGGCGCUGGCGGUGCCAAGGGGGGCACGGCAGGGGCCGGGCUGAAUGCUGCCAGUGCCGCUGCGCUGCCAGGGGGGGACGGAGGCAAGAGCAAGAAGCAGACACAGCGGGCAGGGGACAGGGACUCGGCCAAAGGUGGCUCCGCGGGCGCUCCAGAGGGACACGCGGCCACCGAGGGCCGCAAGGCCCCCGCGCUGUCCGAAGCCAGCACCGGCGAGGACACCAGCUCAGAUUCGGACCGGGAUUCGGCCUCCCUCCCAGGUGUGGCUCAGAACAUGUCUGUGUCCAUCCAGACCAGCCAGGACUGGAAACCCACGCGCAGCCUGAUCGAGCACGUCUUUGUCACCGAUGUCACCGCCAACCUGAUCACAGUGACGGUCAAGGAGUCCCCCACCAGCGUCGGGUUUUUCAACCUGCGGCAAUACUGA